AUGAAGGGAGAUUGUGGUUUUUUCAAAUGGUGCAAUGAUUCUACUGUUGCAGCUAAUCGUUCUCAUGCAGUCACCACUUCUAAACUUCAUCAAAACAUACAUGAAACGAGCCACAAAGGCUAUAGUGCAAGUGGUUCUUCUUGUUUUAAAUGUGGAAAGGACGGACACUGGGCGAAAGAUUGUCUUAUGUCUUCAUCCCACCCCCCUGCUGAGAUGGGACGAAUAUCUGUAUCAUCAGGUACUUGUUAUAAGUGUGGAAAGCCUGGGCACUGGGCAAAGGAUUGCUCUUCAAGGGCAGAUGAGAGAAUGAAGUCGGGGCACUAACCGAUUUCUACUUUGGGAGUUCUGAUGUAGCUGUAAAUGAAUCGUUUACUGCUUUUAGUGGACUGUUGAUAUGGAAUCAAACUACUCAAACAUGAACUAGUAUGGUGUAAAUUUGUUGAUUAGGCUUUGUUUGAAGAAUCAAGUAUCAGCUUAGUGCUCGCUCACUUCUUGUGGCAUUCUAGUAGCUAAUGCUACUGCUUUAAUAAGCUGACUAAAUGUUGAUGUAGAAGCUGGGGCAUGGCUCCUCUUCUAUUACAAUAAAACAGCACAUGUGCUGUUAAUCCAAACAACAUCGUAUUGAUGAGUUUUGGUGCAUGAAAAACAUUUU